AUGAAAAUUUGGCAUAUGGAACAAUGUCCAUUUGGCGACCGUCGCCUUCCUCAUCAUAUUUUUCCACCAAAAUUAUAUACAACUGAUCAAUUGAAAGCUCUCACCGGUGUUAUUUCAUAUAAGGUUGAUGUCGAUGAUACUAAUGCGAUGAAGAAGCGCAUAUCACGGGUGAAAGCAGAACGAAAAUUUACCGGAUCAGAUAUUUUUUCUUUUAAUCAAAAUGUAAAUGAGUUCGAAAAAAAGGUCAAUUUAAGCAAAUUUUAUAAAAUUUCAUUCAAAGUGAAAUAA